AUGCAAUUUGGCGGCGAGCUUGCGGUCACUGCGCGGGCCCCGUGGCACUCGCAGGAGGCCGAGGAGGCGCUGUGGCAGCGCGGCGGCGGCAGCGGGCCGGCCCAGGCGGCGGGCGGCGGCCCGGUGCCGGCCCCUGACGAACAGCAGCACCAACAGCGGCCGCAGAGCACGCAGGCGCUGGUUGACAAGCUGGCCGCUCGCCACGCGGAGGCGCAGGCGUUGCUGCGCCAGCUCCAGGCCGCCAAGGGCCGACCCACGUGA